AUGCCGGUUCCUGAUGAGGACAUGGGAGAUGAUCUGGUUCUGUGGAAGCGAGGAGAGGAUGAGUUUCAAGACAGUUUCUCGACUGCAAGUACUUGGGAGCAGAUUAGGCACAAAAAGCCUAAGGUAGACUGGUCUGAGGCUGUAUGGUUCACGCAGAGCACACCUUGGUACACUUUUAUCACUUGGCUAGCAGUGCAAAACCAGCUUUCUACCGGAGACAGGAUGAGGAGUUGGGGUAUUACGCAGGGGUCUGGACUUUGUGGAGAAAGAGAUGAGACAAGAGAUCAUCUCUUCUUUGCUUGUCCCUACUCCUUCACUGUCUGGGAAGGUCUAGUGAGAGGGUUCUUUGGACGCAGGACCAACCCUGACUGGUCUAUCACGCUCAAUGCGAUCAAACGCAAGAGGGCUAAUAGACUUGACUCCAUUCUACUCAAGAUGAUCUUCCAAACAGUCAUUUACCACAUAUGGUGA